AUGGACGACGUCGUAGGACUUGUCAUGGUCCAGGUCAUCUCGAACAUAGGAGGAGGAGAUAUUAGUGCCGUGACCGUAAUUCGCCCUGUUCUGGUCUCGGUCGCAUUUGCAGUCUUCGUACCUUUCCUGUGCUGUUUAUGUUUUAAGCCUUCAACCAUAGUACUGAACCGCUUUCGCAAGAACCACCCGGACGCUUGGAUCGCCAAGUUGUUAUGCCUAAGACAAACAGCCCUGGUACUUCAUACCAGUCUUCUGCUGGGCCUUGUCACGGGCGCCAGCUAUGCAGGUACAUCAAACUUGUUUGCCGCAUAUAUUGCGGGAGCAGUCAUUAGCUGGUGGGAUAGUGAGGUACCUCAUCCGGUUAACAAGCCAGGAAACCAAGCAUCUCAGGAGAAGGCGAAGGCAAACCUGCGCGAUUCACCUCGCGAGAGAGGAGAGAUUCUUGCGGGAGAGGAUACUCAACGUAAUGCCAGUCAAGAAUGUGAAGGAGAGCGCAAUCGUGACAGUACAACGCAGGAGAAGCCGGAAGUCGAGAACGACACUUCUGGGACCGCUGUCUACGAGCGAUAUUAUCAACAGGCUGUGGGUAGAGUUCUACAGCCGUUGUUUUUCGCUUCUAUUGGCUUUUCCAUCCCAAUCACGCGGAUGUUCCGAGGUUCCGUUGUAUGGCGCGGCAUCGUCUACACGAUCCUGAUGGCUUUGGGAAAACUUGUUUGCGGUCUUUGGCUUGUCCGCUUCUCUUUGACGCCUCUAAAGGAAUCCUUGAACAAGACACUAGCUCAACUAAGGCUGCCUUCGAUGCCUCACCUAUGGGGAAAGAAGAAUAGCAGCACUGGCCGGUCACGACCUACAAGUGCGCAGGAAGGACAGCAAAACACCAACCCCGAGACAGACCGACAUACAUCGCCUGUACAGAAGCCGUUUUCUCUGCACCCACCCCUCAUAUUGGCUUGCGCGAUGACAGCCCGUGGAGAGAUUGGCUUUCUAGUCUCCUCAGUAGCUGAGUCGAACGGAGUGUUCUCGUCAAGGAGCCAAGAGCAUGGCUCAAACUCAGAUAUAUUCCUCAUUGUAACGUGGGCCAUUGUCUUGUGCACGAUCCUCGGACCGCUAGGUGUGGGUCUGUCGGUGCGUAGGGUGAAGAGGCUUGAGGAGGAGAAGAACGGGGAACAGGAAGGAUCUGGAAGGGAUGUCCUCGGCGCAUGGGGUGUGGAAUAG